AUGGCCUUGACAAAAUCAACACGUUAUAUACUUGUACAAAGUAUAAGUAAUUCUAAUGUAACUGAUGAUAAUAUAGAACCAUAUCAUGUUAGUAUAUUUCGACGUAAUACAUCAAUGCCACCAUUACCAAGAUUAUCAUCAGUUAAUAUAAAAAAACGACAACAACAAUAUCAAUUAUCAAAUGUUUCUCGUUUAGUUUCAAAAUAUCAACGACGUGAAAAAGAUGAAGCAUUAACAAAUAAAUUAUAUAAAUUAAAUAUGCAUACAAUGAGAAAAAAAUCUGCACGUAUUAGUAUGCGUUUAUCAAGUGCAUUUGGUUUAUCAACACAUACAAUUGAUGAACGUUUUAAUUUUGAAGAACAAAGAUUUCGUGCUAUUGAUAAAUUUUUAAGAUUAUUUGUUCGAAAUGCUUAUACUUGUAUGGAAGCACUCAAAGAAACAUUUGUUACUGAAGUAAAUGUUGCUGAAGAUUUUCAAGAAUUAUUAUCGGAUAAAAUGCCUGAAAUAGCACAACAAUUUGUUCGAUCAAAACGUUCAUUACUUGAAAAUGCAUUUACAGAAUUUUGUACUCAUAUGGAAUCAUGUGUUGCAAAUCCAAUAAAUACAUUAAUAAAAUUAUUUGUUUUACCAUCAAAUUUAAUUUCUAAACGACAUGAUAAAUUAUUAGAUUAUGAUAGUGCACAAUCAGCAUAUGAAAAAGUUAAAGAUCAACAAUCAAGACAAGCUAAACAAAUACUUGAUCUUGCAAAAAAAACAUAUGAAGCAUUAAAUAGUCAAUUAUUAGAAGAAUUACCUAUUUUAUAUGAACAUAGUUGUGAAAUAUUAUCUAUAUGUUUAAAAGCAUUUAUUAUAGGACAUCUUCGUUUAAUACAAAAUAUGAAAAUAAAUAUUCAAUAUAUAUUUAAUCAAACAAGAUCAUCUGUUAGUUCUGGACAAUUAAGUUGGUUACAAAUAGUUGAAAGAUUUACAUUAAAAAAUAGUCCACCUGCUGAACAAUUAUUUCAAUUAACAAUAACAGCAAAAAAUUUUUCAGAUAAAUUAAAAAAUUUAUCAACAAUAAAAUUAUCUUCAAUGAAUAAUGUUUAUAAUAGUAAUAAGGAUACAUAUGUACAAACAGAUGAAAUUAGACGUUUAUUAAGAACUCGUUAUGCUGAAAAAGAUUUAUAUACAAUUAUUCGAAAUUAUGGAAAUGAAACAAAUAAUCGUACAAUGGAUAUUAUUGUUAGAAGUGGUGAUCUUGUUGCUGUAAUUAAUCAAAAUGAUAUAAAAACAAAAGAUUCCAACAUUGCAAAUUGGUUUGUCGAUAAUGGAAUUACUCGAGGUUUAGUACCUCGUUCAAUACUUAUUCCUCUAUCAUCUGAUGAUCGAUCCGGUCAUCGAUCACAUACACCACCAACUCCACUUCGUCAUGAUAUAGGAAUACCAACACGAGUAUCACUUUCAUCAGCUCAUGCUAAUCCAGCAUUUAAUUAUGAUCAAUCUCAUCAUGGAAAUAGAAAACAUCUAUUUAAACGAGCUAAUACAGAACCACAAACUAAUUUAAUAAAUUCUUCAAAUGAUAUUGAAAAGGAACGAAUUUAUUUAAAUCAAAUAAAUGAAUGUCAUCAAUAUGCUUCAAUUGAUCUUGAUGAUUCUAUUAUUUCUGAAUCAAUUGAAGAAGAACAAAUUUAUGUAGCAAUGUAUGAUUUUGAAUGUACAAGUGAUGGUGUUCUUUCUUUACAUGCUGGUGAACGAUUAAAAAUUGUACGUCGUCUUGAUGAGGGUGGAAAUGAUGAUUGGUGGUAUGUUGAAAAACUUAAUGAUACACGACAACGUGGUUAUGUACCUGCUAAUUAUAUUCAACCAAUAUAA